AUGCUAUCAACUGCCGCCGUAAGCACCUACAUCCCUUCCCAGAGAACCCCCGACCAGGCAACCCAUCCUGGCUACUUCCGCAUCAUUCGCCAAGGUCCUCCCGAGGCAUUCUCCAGCAAGUUGGUUGCUGAGCGUGACUAUCCUAAAGGAUCUGUGAUUGCUCCUCUCGAGGGUCUCACCUUUGGCGAGAAGCGUUAUUCCUCUGUCCAGGUCUCCGAAAAUGAGCAUGUUGAACUCAACAGUGACCUUGUAUUCAUGAACCAUUCGUGCGACCCAACCACUCACAUGGAUGUCGAAAAGCGUGCUGUUACUGCACUCAAAGACAUCAAAGCAGGCGACGAAAUGUUUUUCUUCUACCCAUCUACUGAAUGGGAUAUGGCACAACCUUUCCAAUGCUGGUGCAGUACCUCCAAGUGUAUCAAAACUGUCAGGGGUGCAAAGUAUUUAUCUUCAAAGGAACUUGAACAGUUCACUAUUAGUGCCCAUAUUGCAAAGCUUGCCAAAGAGCGCGAUGAAAAGGCAUAG